AUGGCGACGGCGAAACGGACGAUUACGACUUUGCGGAACAGCCAGCGUCGCCAGACCUUAGCCAUCCUUCUCUUUGCCCUCCCGAGCUUGCCCAGUCCCGCCGCCGGAGUCGCGAGCGCAGAUUGUGGAGCAACAUUUCUGUUCCCGACCCUGGGCCUCACCUUCUUCUACCUCGACACCAUCGCCGUCACAUACCGCUCCAACAUCGCCAAUCCCACGCUGUCGUGUUGGUGCGGCGUCCCCGGCCGGGCAACUCCAAAGAUUACAAACAACAAUGUCAGUCCGUUCAACGGGAGCGUACCUGUCACCCUGACCGUUUUGUCCGACGACCCUUGUUGGUUUGAGCUCCGGUCGUCGUCCGGUGAAUGCCGGCAUACCAGCGAGACCUUCCAUCUGUCUCCGAAACAACGCACCGUGGGCGAGGACGACGGCUCCUCGCCUCGGUCGACCGCCUCUCCCGACCCCGCAUUGCGCCCUUCCCCGACGACGUCACACCCAGAAGCCCGCGCAGCAGGCGCCGUGGUUUCUCAGCAGCGUAGGAGCAGCUCCACGGAGGACAGCUUUAGCAUCGGCGCCAAAGCUGCGUUGGGCGUCGGAAUCGCGCUCAUCUGCAUCGCCAUCGGCGCCAUGGCCGCCUUCCUCUACUUCAGGCGCCGGCGGCGCGCCCCGGACGCCGAAGUCACCGGCGGCAUGUUGAGUCACAGCCGUCGCGGGAGGAAAGGGGCCGAGAAGAAGCGGGCGGGUGCCUCGUCGGAGGCUUCGGGUCAUUCCGACGAGCCGCUCUGCCCCAUACAGCCGGUGUUCGAUGGCUUCCCCGGCUCGAUGGGCUAUGAAGACGUGCGCUCCCUACACUCGAACACGCAGUCACACUCUACUACACAUUCGUACUCCCCGCAAUCGCCCGCCUACUCUCAGACCGGCGGCUUCUGGACGCAAGAGCGCAGCAUCGAACGGGAGGAACUCACAGCGGCGCGUCUGAAAUCCCAGCUCCAGCCGUCGGGGCCCACGGUGGUAUCAUACGGGCCCAAUCCCGUCACCCCAACACUAACGCCCCGGGUCUCCCCCCGGCCGAGCGUUCCCACAGCCACGACACCAAUGUCCUCCGGAAGCAUAGAGCAGGUGCCGGGCCACGUGCCCAUGAUGCCCAUUCCCUCCUCCGACUACGCCGACUAUACCAACUACAGCAUCCCUCCCCCAGCACCCCUUCCCAUGUCUACGCCCGAACCUAAACCUUCACCACCCCGCCCGCAAGCCGCCGGCCCCACCGUCGUCUCCUACGGCCCCAACCGGGUCACGCCCACCCCAAAGAUCGUCUUGCCUACCGUACCACCGGACGAGUCCAUCGUCAACCGCCGCUUUCAAGAAGCAGCCGCCAAGUCCUCGGCCGCGCCGCACCACCACGAGCGCCAGUUCUCCUGGGAAGCCGACUCUCCCCUUCUCGGCGCGUCCUCCAUGGGCCCGCUCCCGCCGUACGCGACGACGGAGGACUUCGAGGCCAUGGAGAAGGGCGCCGUCCGUAAGCUGGCCGAGCCCCAGGCCGACGCCGAGCUGCCCCCGACCAAGGACGGCUUCUACCACUACACCACGGACACGGUCGAGUACGAGCUGCCCGGAGCCGCGCCGCAGCACGAACCGCAGCUGCCGUUCCGGCCCUAUGAGCAGCAGCUCCAGCAGCAUCUCCAGCAGCAUCUCCAGCACGGCCGCGGGCACGGCGGGCCGCCCGGGGCCCGGGAGAUUGACGAGCAGAAGUUCUUGCUGGAUGACGUGGAGCUUCUUAGGGAGAAGGCCAGGGGAAAGGCGAAAGCGGGCGAUGCCUCGGCGGGGGACAGCGGCGGGGGGUCGAGUGCGACUAGGCGGAACGAAUACGGGGGAGCCGAAGAGUUCGAUCUGGGAGACGGCUUGGGCCCGAUGAGGUGA